AGCGUGCGCAGUCUGGGGCGAAACGAUCGAUUGUUGCUUGGACCACGUCGUCAAAGGCGUUACAGACAGAGAGGGGUUGCACGGGGUCUGAGCUGUUGGUUGUUGUUGGGAGAGAGGAGGCGUCCGACUGGGCCCCGACUCGAGCCAUGAUCCCGACUGGUCAGGGCGAGGGCCCGCACGCCGAAUGGAUCACGCCUGCCGAGCGGUCUUCGCUGGAGCACGGCCAGCCAAUUAUGGGCGCCUUGACGUCAAGGGCCAAUCGGUAUCUUCGGCCCGCCGCUUGCCGAUGCAGAUCGAGGCGGGCAAAGAUUUGAGACGGCGAUGCAGCCUGCGCACUGCCAGUGCCCGGGCCUCCCGAGGCCUUCUCGUCCCCGCCCGGCUUCCGCCUCCUCUCCUUGCUGUGCAUGCCAGUCUGCUCUCGGAGCCACACACGGCCGUUGGGCACCCCAUGCUCCCCCAUCCUCGCUUCCCCGUCAACAGAUUUGUCUUUCGUGGCCUUGACAAGUUUCUCCGAUGGCAGGUGACAACCAGCACGCCCCUGGAGCACCGCGCACGCCUGGCGCUUCGACACUCACCUCGAAAUACACCGCACCAGACGCCCCUCGUUCCCGCUGCCCGUCUCCACUGUCGCCGCUUCUAUUACGAGCUCCAAGCUACCGCCGCCCAAAGACGCCGCCCUCCUGCCUUGAGGCCUCUAAUACUGACGCUUCGUCGUCCGAGGUUCGCGAUUCACAGCGCACGCUCGCACGGAGCAGCGACAUCCAGCGGUCCUCGCACCGGCUUCCUUCUUCGUGGGCAUCGGGCGCCGGCCGCGCAUCUUCGAUAGAUGGAGUUAGGGUUGAGUGGUGCACAAGGGAAGCAGUACUCAUCGUGAUCUCUGUUGGUACGUCCGUCCAUUACGUUCCCCACGUCUGAUCAAAUUGCACGCUGGGAUAGCGUGUCCCACUUGGCGGUUCCUUGGAGUAGACAUCUGCAAACUCUCGGAGGGUCACUGAACUUCAUGG